CGGUGACUGACUGUAUAUGAUCCCGCUGAAUGUACAUUAUUUAUUCAUCCGUUUACACUCUGUAUUCAUCAAACAGAAGAUCUGAAGGAUGGUGUUAGUUCAUGUCGGAUAUUUGGUUCUUCCUGUCUUUGGCUCAGUGAGAAAUAGAGGAUCUCAUUUUAACAGGCAUCAGCACAGUCAUGCUACCUCUUGCCGGCAUUUCCACGUAGGCCCGCAGGCCCAGAUCCCUGUUGAUUUCCCAAUGCCCCAUCCAGGACAAUCUCAGACGGGAAUGAGCCAUCACCUUGGCCCCGCGCACCAGCCAGCUGCGGCGUUGCAUCCCCCUCUCAACCACAUACCAGCGCCACCGUUCCAGGACAUCCCGGCCCCGCCCUUCCUACCUCAGGCUUUACACCAGCAAUACCUCAUCCAGCAGCAGAUCCUGGAGGCCCAGCACAGGAGGAUACUUCCACAGCCCAGCAGACAUGCUCCAGACAGAACCCUUCCCCAUCCACAGACGCUUCGGCCGCCGUAUGAAUACCCACCAUCCUUUCACAUUCCCCCGCCGCCGCCAGUCCCGCAGCAGCCACGCUACCUUGCUGAAGGAACAGACUGGGAUCUGAGUGUGGAUCCAGGCCUGCCGCAGUACCAUGUCUCUCCCCUCACUCAGCAUUAUCAGCAUUACCUGACCUCUCCACGACUGCAUCACUUCCCCAGGAACACCACCUCGGCACAAGUGGUUGUCCAUGAGAUCAGAAAUUACCCAUAUCCUCAGUUACACCUUCUGGCUCUUCAAGGCCUCAGUCCAUCUCGUCACGCAUCUGCGGUGCGGGAGAGUUACGAGGAGCUCCUGCAGUUGGAGGACAGACUGGGCAAUGUGAACAGAGGCGCUGUGCAGACCACCAUCGAGAGGUUUACCUUUCCUCAUAAGUAUAAAAAGAGAAGACCUCUAGAGCUGAAGAUCGGCAUGGAUGAAGAGGAGCUCGACACAGAUGAGAAAUGCACAAUAUGCCUCUCGAUGCUUGAAGACGGAGAGGACGUCAGGAGAUUACCCUGCAUGCACCUCUUCCAUCAGGCUUGUGUUGACCAGUGGCUGGCGACCAAUAAGAAGUGUCCCAUCUGCAGGGUAGACAUUGAGACGCAGCUGUCCCCCGAUAGCUGAUGUCUCGUGUAGCACUAGCGAAAAGUCCUGUUGUCUUUCUUCGUCCCCUCGUGGGCACUUUGCCAAAUGUGUGUCAUCUCCAUCACCACUCUCACCUCUGACCUUUGCCUUCUGAGCCAACUGACGACGUGCGCUGAAGUGGAACCGAGAGCACACGGAGAAGAACGAGUCUGUGGAUGAAGAUGGUGCUCUGUAUGUGUGUGUGUGUUUAGGAGGCGAACGAACGGUGAUCUCCGAUGAAGACCAACCAAAUGUUCUCAGUGGGUCACAGAUGAAGCAUUACAGCAUAUCACAUGUGGUUGGUCAUGAACUUUAAACGAAUCAUUUGUGGAAAAAAAAAAACACAUCAGCGAAUGAGAGAAGUGUUCAAAAAAGCUCCGUCGUCGUGUCUGUAAUUAUCGGAGGUGAUGCUUGACGUCCGUAUGUAAUUGUGAGGCCAGGCUUGAUAUGAACUGUGACAGUCCGCAUUUUGUCCAACGCUUAGAAACGUAUCCACUAAAUGCAUGUUGAAGCGAGAGGCCCGGGGUUCUUCUGGGAAACGCGACGAGAGGUCGAGGCGACAUUCUACUAAUCCUGAAGACACUGUGUUCUCGAAGAGUCACCACGAGUGAAACAUGUACCUUAAUGCCUGUAGCACAAGCACACGUCGAAUAGUAACGGCAUAACUCUGUGUUUCCAUUGGCUCUGUGACUCGUGGUCUCGCUUGUAGAGUCAUAAUGUGCAUGAAACCUGUUUGCUGCCAUUUCUAGAAGACAUGACAAGGGAGUAAAGCCAUUUGUUUUAUAGAAACCAAACAUAACUUUUCUAAAUCACUCUUUCUCGUUUUAUUUCUUCUGUUGCCAACCUGUGUGCGGGGCUGGUACAGCUUCUCAACAUAAGUAGCUGCGAUGCUGGAAAAAAAACAACAAACAAACAAGUUAUUUAUUGUCGUCUUAAUGUAGUUAGUGGUUAUUUUUGUAAAUGCACUCACUUUUUUCUGAUGAGGUCGUGUGGUCCCUGCUUUUGCAUUUGCACUCAGUAAGCUGUUUCCUUGCGUAUCGUGCACUCCAUCCCAAAAAAAUAACAAAAAAACAAGGGAGCAGACUUUUUAACAGCACAGUUUCUUCUUCGCGUAACGAUAGUUGUUGCCUCACUGACCACUUUCAAUGUACGUGACUGUUUUUCCGUAGCAUUUCAGAUGUCGUCGUUUGCUUUUGCAACUUUUCCCGAAUUCAAGCGUUCAGCUGCUUGGAGCGGAAGCCAGGAAGUUGGAAGCAUUUUCAGUCAUCGUCGUGUAGCGCGUCAGUGAUCUUUUCUCAUCGUCCGUCUGCGUUUUAUAGUUUACACAUGAUAUUGUGCGUCGAAAUGCCUUAAGUAUUUAACAAUCAUAAUUUAUGACUAACUUUACCUACUAUGGGUGCGUAUUUAAGUUCCGAACUAGUAUCGCAAUGUAACCGAUUGGUUUAUUUAUUUACGUCAGCAUAACGUGUGUAUAAAUACCUCAUUGUGCUAUACUUUAAUGGGAGUGCUUUGCAUGCGGUUAAGUAAGUGUCAAAACAAGCUAAAAAACCCCAGCAGGGCGUGCUGAAACGUGCUAGUAUGUGGUGCUGUAGUUUUUUGGUUACAUUCCAUUAAUGCGAUUUCAAAGAGUCGUUCGGCUGUGAGCUCGUAGACAAACUGGACUUGUUUUGCAUGUCUCUCCUGUUUUUGCACUCUCAGCUUUGCUGCCCUCUCACUGGCAUCCUGCGAACAUCGUCCGCUCGUCGCGUCGCUGGCGAUCCAGGCCGCCGUGAAUCUGUUUUCAGUCGUGAGGAGUGAGUUCAGCGCUUACUGUGAUUGAUUAUAGCUGCUUGUCUUGUGCCCAUCUGGCUUUAACUUUUGAUUUUUGAUCCGAGACUUAAAGUGAUGCUUAAUUUUUUCCAUUAGUAGCAGUUUUCGUUUGCCUUUCGAUCGGUACUUCAUAUAAGGGGCUUUAAAUGUCUGAAUGCAGGUCGUCUUGUGGUGUAGCUGCCGUAUACGUUUGUCAUAUUUCACGAUUUUACCACGUCAGGUUAUUUAGCUUCAAUCCCCCUGAAUAAUCUGCCAACAUGGCAGUAGUGUAAAACAUUGAUACGGCAGAUAACUCUUAUUUCCAGUGAAGUAAUUGUUUUUCCUGCCAGUACCUGGAAUACUCGUUACUUUCUACACCUGUAGAAAUUGUUUCCUAUACGCGAAAAAGAAACAAUGGCUUUAUAUUGUAUGAUUUGUGUUUCUAGCCUGUGUAGCCUUAAAGUCUCUUGAUUUGAUCCAUCUCUCCAGCAGAUUUUGGACAUAAGCAAUAGUAGUGUCAUGUUUCGCUAACAGACUGAACCGUAGAUCCUAAAGCACAAGCUCUGUAAUGCAUGUCUUUCUCAGGUUUUAAUAUGCGUAUGAGAAUGGAUACAUAUGUUAAAAUAUUUUACCAUAAAUAUUUCUGAUGUUUUUCUGCUGCUGACAUAAAAAGAAAAAAGAAAAAAAAAAAUAGUUGAAUAACCUGCCAGUGAAAGGGAAGUGGCUCUUUGUACAAGACACUGCUGUGUGCUGUUACUGCGCAAUGUUUUCUGACAUGAAUAUUUUAUAGCUCAAGUAGAAAAAUAUGUAUUGACAAUAUUUAAGCAAUAGCUUGGUGAUUAUAAUGUAUGAUAACUAGAUAAGUGUAUAUUGCGUAAAAAAAAAGAAAAAAAAAAGAAGAAAAUCUUAGAUUCACUUUUGGUGGAUUUUGUACUGUAUUUAUUACUAAUGAUGAUGCAAAAAGUUGCAUAGCUUAACCCAAAUUUUUCUUUCUUUUUUAAUUUCUUGUCUUGUAUAUGACCCUUUUUGUAUGUGUUUUUUCAAAUAAAAUGUUGAAAAUGCCUCCAAAAAAAGAA